GUCAGUGACUAUCAUCUGUUCCACACGAUGAGUAACAGCCACCCUCUUCGCCCCUUUACUGCAGUGGGGGAAAUCGAUCAUGUGCACAUUUUGUCUGAGCAUAUUGGUGCCUUGUUGAUUGGUGAAGAAUAUGGUGAUGUCACGUUUGUUGUGGAAAAGAAGCGCUUUCCUGCCCACAGGGUAAUUUUAGCAGCGAGGUGCCAAUAUUUUCGAGCAUUACUGUAUGGUGGGAUGCGAGAGUCGCAGCCUGAAGCAGAGAUCCCUCUCCAGGACACUACGGCUGAGGCCUUCACGAUGCUCCUCAGAUAUAUCUACACGGGGCGGGCGACACUGACCGACGAGAAGGAGGAGGUGCUGCUGGACUUUCUGAGCCUGGCUCAUAAAUACGGGUUUCCAGAGCUAGAGGAUUCUACGUCCGAGUAUCUCUGCACUAUACUUAACAUUCAGAACGUCUGUAUGACUUUUGACGUGGCCAGCCUCUACUCGCUCCCCAAGUUAACAUGUAUGUGCUGCAUGUUCAUGGACAGAAAUGCUCAGGAGGUGCUGGCCAGCGACGGCUUCCUCUCUCUGUCCAAGACAGCACUUCUGAACAUCGUUCUAAGAGAUUCGUUUGCUGCUCCUGAGAAAGAUAUUUUCUUAGCCUUGUUAAACUGGUGUAAGCACAAUGCAAAAGAGAAUCACGCUGAAAUCAUGCAAGCUGUGCGUUUACCUCUAAUGAGCCUCACUGAGCUUCUGAAUGUUGUGAGGCCAUCAGGACUCUUGUCUCCGGAUGCUAUUCUAGAUGCCAUCAAAGUGCGGUCGGAGAGCCGGGAUAUGGACCUCAACUACAGAGGCAUGCUCAUACCCGAAGAGAACAUUGCAACUAUGAAGUAUGGGGCCCAGGUUGUGAAAGGAGAGCUGAAGUCGGCCUUGCUGGACGGUGACACUCAAAACUAUGACUUGGAUCAUGGGUUUUCCCGGCACCCCAUUGACGAUGACUGCCGCUCUGGCAUUGAGAUCAAGCUGGGCCAGCCAUCCAUUAUAAACCACAUACGUCUACUCCUGUGGGACCGUGACAGCCGGUCUUACUCCUACUUUAUCGAAGUGUCCAUGGAUGAACUUGAUUGGAUCCGAGUGAUAGAUCACUCACAUUACCUGUGUCGGUCUUGGCAAAAGUUGUAUUUCCCAGCUCGUGUCUGCAGAAGAGAAAAUAUACAUGAAUCUGUUUCGAACUUACCGAAUCCUUCUUCACAUUCACAAUUGAAUUUGACCCCAUUGGAAGAGUGUUCACCUUCAGAAUUGUCUUUCUAAACUAAUAAGAACUGCCCGCUAAUUGGCCAUGCUUGCCUUAUGUGUCUCUCUGUCCACUUUCUCCAGUUUGCUGCUAAGGAACAGCAGCAGCAGUCACUGGGCCGCCAGUUUGGAAGGUGGUGACUCGUCCUCAGUACAGUUGUCUGGUAGCCACUGAGCCAGAGAAAGAGCGGGAAGACAGUAGAGUCUUCCUGAAGAGUGGCUAACGCUUGCCUUGAGCUUUCAUCUUGGUGGAAGAACUCGCUGACGGCCACGAGUUAAAUGGAAAGGCAUUUCACGAAUCGGGUUCUAGUUUCGGGUGGGAAUACAGCAGCAUUGUUUCGGAAGCCGUUGUUUCUUUGCCCAGAGCCGAGAUGCUCCCCGAACUCCAAGAUGAGUACGGUUUGGAGCGUCGACUCCAUUUGAAGAGAGAAGCGUGUGUCUGCAGCUCUCCUAGCCUCCAUUGCCCACUGGGAGUUCUGCAGGCUCAGUCUCCAUGUCGAGGCUGCUUGCUGCUUUCAAUCCAGCCCAGGCUCUGGAAGCCCGUGGAUGAUGGUUCUUUUUAGAUUUUUUUCCCCAAGUCUUAGAAUCUUGGAAACACCCGAAGGUUAUGUUGUUGUCAGGUAAUUUGUUGUUUUGGGACUUUUGAAAUAUGUAUAAAAGAACAUACAUUGGUGGAAACUGUAAUGUUGUUGAUUAUCCGGUAGCUUCCAAUAAUAAGCAAGUUGUAACAAAAUCAGAUUUUUAAAAAGAUGUGAGAAGCAAGUGUGUACCUCCCAGCCAUGCUCUAAAUGGCUCUCAUUCAUUAUGGUUCACAUUUACAUUCAUGCUUCCCUCCAACUCAGGGCAGAAUAUUUAUCUGUGCAAUUUAAGUGGCAACACGGUAGUUAAGUGCAUAAUUUAAAGUUGCUGGCAUUCCCGUUAAUUUUUCUGUUAUUGAAAAAGUUCAUCCCCCUGAGAAAGGUUGACUUAGUCAUUCUGUAGUUUGGAUCACUCCCUUGAGCCAACACGAAGACACUAGCAGGAUUCCUGGGGCUGUCCCCAGACCUGUGUAGUGGGCCCGCAGCUGUGUGCUGCUCUUGAGUGGGAGUGGGACUGACACCUCCGUUUCGUGGCACGUCAGGGACUCGGCUUGCCUAUCGAGCUAGCUGUAGUGGCUUUUUGUUUGCUUGUUUGUUUGUUUGUUUGUUUUUGAGGCUGUUUCUCUGUUGCUGCUCUGGAACUCACUCUUAGAUCAGGCUGUCCCAGAGCUCAGAAAGCUGCCUGCCUCUGCCUCUCAAAUGCUGGGAUUCUGGGUGAGCGUGCGUCACCACCACUGUCUAGCAGCUAAGCAAAGGUUUCAAUUUACAUUGCUCUACGGAUUCUAUUCUGAAAUUCUGACCAUAAACACUAUAUAGUCUGUGUGUUUAGAAAUGUAUUUUCAUUAAAAAUAAACAAUCUGUUUCUUGUUUUUCUUUUCUAUAUCAUAGAAAAAUCAAUAUGUUGUUAUUUUCCCCCUUUAACUUGCAUCCAGCCACCUUAAAGGUAUAGUUUUUAGGCUAUAUAUUUAAAAAACUUGAAAAUGUAUGGAAUGAAGCAAGAACUCAGGUAUGUCACAUACGUUGUAAAAUUUUAGAAAGUGUUGAAUUGGAGUUAUCUGUAACUCUGGUGUUUUAUGUUCCAUUGUAAAACUGUAGAACGCUACUCUCAAGUUGGAACUGCAUUUAGUUAAUGCUAUGAAAGGAAAAAGAGAGUUCUGAGAUCAUUUCUUGGAAAGCUUUGACCUUGCUCUCAAUGAAGGUGAAACGGGAUGGAGAUAAAGAGGAAUUAUGUGACCAAGGAGGAGAGUGCGGCGGGUGGGCUGGGCGGCGGGCGAGGGCUGAAGGAGGAGCGGCAGAGGCAUUUUCCCAAUGCUAUUUCUGUCUCAGUGCCUGGUCUCACUGGUUCCAGUGCUGCCCCUGGAAUUACUAGAUUCUCUCUUCUAGGAUGAGGAGUCCUGCUAUCUUCAGUUCUAAACUCGCACAAAAUCUCCAUGUUGUUCUCAAAAUUUUACCCCAGAUCAAGGGGACUUUUACCUUGACAGAAUUCAUUAUCUUCCCUCCCUCCCUCCCUCCCUCCCUCCCUCCCUCCCUCCCUCCCUCCCUCCCAUAUCUUCCUUCCUCCCUUGCUUCAUUCAAAAUCUGCUAAGACCUUGCUCUCUGAUACUCACCUCCUAUGGAUUAGGGAUGUAACACAUAUGGAAUUUGGAGUCCAUUGACAUUUUUAUGCCCAGACUCAGAAGAUUUCAGCAUAGUAAAGAACACAAACAACCUUAGAAGGCAGCGUUGCUCAAAAACCCACUUGUGUCACAUGUGAAGGAGUUACACACAUGUAGUAAAUGUCAGGCUCAAGUGUGCCAUAGUCGUUGUUGUUGUGCCUUUAAACCGUCAUAGUUACAGCUGCUUCAGUUGUCCUGCUGUCCAGGCCAUCCUAAGCCCUGUGCAAACAUCUCUUCUUUAUACUUCUUUCCGAGUGGGCUAGCCUGCUGCUUGAUGACGGUGGGUGGUCCUUCAUUGCUGCCCAGCUCAGUCCUAAAGGACGUAGUUUCUGACAUUAGGAUGAUUUUCUCAUACAAGGGUUUCAAGUCUUUGUUUACCCUAAGUUUGUUGGUAAAUUCAUUCAUUCAGAGUCUAUUACAUUUCUUUGUUACUACACAUUUUCUUAGGUGUUCUAAAAUAUAUUGCUAAACUAUAUCACUAGUGUGAAGUCCUGCUGUUUUUUUCUGAUUAUUUCUGAUAGUGUUUAUAGCAGACCACAUAUUUUAUAUUAUCUGGAAUAUUUGAAAGAAACCAAAAUUUCAGCCUUAGCCUUUUGAAGAGGCUAUGUAUCUACCCUGCUGACUUGGUGGAAGCUUAUGUAAGACCUGCUAGAUUUUUUGUUUUAAUUCUCAAAUGGUAGACUAAAGGCUCUAGGAGUCAAGGAAUGCUGGUCAAAGUUGUUUCAGUGACCAAGCUGCCUCCUUCAAACCAAGUCAGCAUCUACAAAGGAUGGCGCUUCUGCCACUGUCCAGGGCCAGCUUCUGCUGUCAGCAUCUCCUGCCAUGGUGUGAUCUUGCUUUUCUUCUGCCCGAUUCAUUCCUAGUGUCUGGUGGCUUUUCCUAACACAUAACAACAGCUAAUGUCAGAGUCGCGUUGAUGACCGUUAAACAAUCAUGCAGCUGUAGAACUCCUGCAUUUCUUAUCCAGACUCCCCCGACCCCAGCUUGUUCUUGUCUACUUGAAGGUUCUUAUUCCACCAAGAGGUUCUUUUAGCUCAUCCUCCAUCUGGAGUACUUGAAUGCUUCUGUAAUACUCUGUAGUGGGUUCCACCAGAGCAUUUCAUGCAGCCCCGCCAUUCAUCCCACCAUGCUGUGUGCCUUCUCUUUGCAUCUGAGCCCAAGUUUGCUGGACACUGCUUUGGCCUCUGGUGUGGAUACUGCUGUGGGCUCUGGUGUAGACACUGCUGUGGGUUCCAGUGUGGACACUGCUGUGGGCUCCAGUUUGGUUGGCCUGAGGAUGAGAAAGUUGGAAAAUGACCUGCGUAUAAGCAGAGCUAAAGGCCUUUACUGCAUCUUCAUCAUAAGCCAAAUGCUCGCUCCUGACUUAGCAGAUCCCUGCUUUGUGUGGUCCAUAGACUGACCUAGUUCAUAGUGCAGUUGUUACUUUGAUUUGAUUUGAUUCAGCUUUUGAUAUUUUAAAUGCUUUUUAUGUAAAUACAUGGGGAGAGAAUAAUAAAAGGCAGCUAAUAAUAUCUGCCUUUUGGUCCCCCUGCCUCCCAAUCUGCCCUCCCUUCUUCUGCUUGUCUUAAUCUUGCUUUCUGUAUAUCCAGCUUGGACCUUACUGAUUUCCGCCUUUGGGUUUUCACAAAAUGCAAGCUUAUAUUACCUCCCACAGGAAAACUUGCUCGUGGCCCUUCUUUAUCUGUUCCAUGAAAUACUAGAUUCCUAGCAUCCAACGACAUAGCAGCGUGAGGAGGGCACAGUCCAUGUGAACUCACUGCUCUGCCCUCAGUUUGCACACCUUGGGAAUGGAGAAGGCAAUGGUGACCCUGCAGGAGAUUUACAGCAAGCCUUGGCACAUACUGAUGGCUCUGUAAGUGUCAGAUCCAUGCUUCACUGCUGGGUUCAUUGUCUGCGGACGCCUUAAGCUCCAUCCAAAGCAGACUGUCUAGAGAGUCCAAGAUCGCACUAUGUGACUUCAUGAGUCUGUGUCUUUUUUUUUUAAAGGAUUUUAUUUACUUAUAUGUAUGUAUAUGAGUACACCGUCGCUGUCCUCAGACACACCAGAAGAGGGCAUGACAGAUGGCUGUGAGCCACCAUGUGGUUGCUGGGAAUUGAACUCAGGACAUCUGGAAGAGCAGCCAGUGCUCUUAACCACUGAGCCAUCUCUCCAGCCCUGAGUCUGUGUCUUUAAGCAGGAUGAGCUCUUUGUCCAGAGAGAACUUCACCCACUGAUACUGCAUUGCCUUCCGAAGAGGACUCUUCUGACUGGUCUGUCUGCGUGAGCUGAGUUUCCUAGGAGCAAAGGUUCAGCCAAAUACAGACAGCACAAAAGUCUUCAUAGAAAUUAUGUUCUAGUAGGGAAAGGCAGGCAGUAAACAAACAAACAAAAAGAAGUGCACAUGGCAGAGGGUGUAGGAUAUUCAAGGGGGUGGAGUUGGCAGUUUCUAGUAGGCGUGGCGUCUUCCUAAAUAUGACAUUUAAAGGUGAAGACUUGAAGAGAUUAGUAACUAAGCUAGUGUGGCGAGGUUCCAGGGUGGGAUAGUGACAGUGUCAGGUGCUCCCCGACAGGAAAGGUGUGCUCUUACAGUAGAGGCCACCAGGGACAGAGCAGGAGGAGAGGAAGUGACUGGAGGUUACUAAAUGUGCCCUGAGAUCACUCUUACAGGAGCACGGGCUGUAACGGGUUCGGGUGGGGUGGGGAGCACACGGACAUUCCCAUAACUUAGCUCUGCAGAGACCGUGCUCUCCACAGAGCGAUUUCCCUUCUCCAGGGAGCUGUCUUCACCACUUCCUCUGCUGACUGCUCCACCCACUGACUUCUCACCGUGUUCCUCCUCUUCAGGUGGAAUCCUGAGCUAAUGUCAGGGACUUAAGAUGCUGCUCUCCAGAGCAGGCUCCGGGGUGUCCGUGUGCAGGUGUGACCUUUCCUGACACUUGGGAGUGUCACACCGGAGCAGACAGAGCUGAUACUUGGUGAGAGCGCCUCUGUGCCAGCCCAGAACUGGCCACUCCUGUCCGUUAUCCAUUGCACCCAAGAGCUACUUGGGGACAGCUUUGUAAAGGCAUUAGAGUUGGCAUCUGGGACUUGCGACAACUCUCCCAGCACCUGCUUUUUCUCCCCAGCUUUGAUAGCUCUUUAGAAUGCCUAGACAUGCUUUAUGGCCACCUCUGUAGUGCCAGGCACAUUUAUGGAACCGGGCAUUAAAGGAGUCCCAUCGCAGCUUGUUUUUUCCAGCAUAUCAUGAACUCAGGUUAAGAAGAUAGCCCUCGGGGCUGGAGAGAUGGCUCAGUGGUUAAGAGCACUGACUGCUCUUCCAGAGGUCCAGAGUUCAAUUCCCAGCAACCACAUGGUGGCUCACAACCAUCUGUAAUGGUAUCUGAUGCUCUUUUCUGGUGUGUCUGAAGACAGCUACAGUGUAAUCAUAUACAUAAAAUAAAUAAAUCUUUAAAAAAAAAAAAAAGAAGAUAGCCCUCACUUUUAAAUCACAAGACUAGCGUUUGGGAGAAAAAGAACCCCAGUUCAGUGGCAACCCUUUUGAGGAUUUGAACCCUUCUGAUUUCUUGGUCCCUUUGCCUAGGUUCUGUUGUCUUUGGCGGUUAUUGAUUUCCCUCGUCCGUCUGUGAUAUCUGCCCGGCUGUGUGCACGUCCUGAGGAAUUUAUUGCUCAUCUUUUGCCCUGUUCUCUUUAGAGGAAUCCCGUGUCAAACUUGUAGCCCUUCUAUCAAGUUACAGCAAUUUAAAGGCAGAUUGUGCUCUUGGCCUAACCGUGUUGGCAAUGACCCUUAGCAGUGAUUGAAUGCUAGCUUUCAGGUAAAUGUGUUGCUCUGGUGUUUGCCUUCGGUGUACGGAACUCACUUCUUAUUUACGUACCUCUAGGGAGAGAUGAAUGCCCGAACUGGGCAAAAGAGAAAUUCUGCUGUGAAAUUGCUCUAUUCUUUUUUUAAGCUGACAUCUAGAAAUGCACUAUUUUAAAAAUGUGAACUUUGUAGGCACAUUUCCAUUUUAAAAGAGGAAAAAUGACUUUUUAAAAUGUGAGGGGUAAAACUCGAAGAGAAAGCUUUUUUUUUUUUUUUUUUUUUUUUUAAAAAGGGCUCUAACCUGACAAGAGAACAGGAAGAAAUGAUUACUGAUCAUUCCAAUUUCCAGUAAAUUACAAAGCAUACGUAAUCAUCUUUGAAGAGAGAUGAUUCCUAUGGCCCCCUUCAUGCUGCCUUCAUAGGGAAGUGUGUAAAUGAGGGAAAUGAAUCGUUUCAGCCUGGAAAAUCUAUACCAUUUUGGAGAGUGAAAGUGAGUGAAAUUGAAAUAAUUCUAUCAUUCUUUACUGAAAAUAAAACGCAAAUGUUUUCGAUGUGUUUCUAGAGGAUAGUAUACUUACAGUUGGCUGCAGAGAAACAUUUUUGAAUCAGGGAUAACUAAAUGAAUGCCAAAAGGAAAGGGGUAGGCUGUCGAAAUGGUUCAGUGGUUAGAGCAUGGACAGCGCUUGCUCAGGAUCCAGGUUCAGUUCCCAGCGGUCAUGUGGUCUAGUUUUAGGGAAUCCACUGUUGCUUUUGGCCUCCAUGUUCACCAGGUGCAAUUUGUGCACAUACAUACAAGGAAGCCAACACUUGUGAAAUUAAGCAAAAUCUCUUAGUGUUUUAUAUUGCAAAAUUUGAAAUAGUAAAAAUGGCUAAAAAAUUGAAAAUACUGCUUGAUUCAUAUAUUAACUUAAAACAGAUUUCUUUUUUUUUUUUUUUUUGGUUCUUUUUUUCGGAGCUGGGGACCGAACCCAGGGCCUUGCGCUUCCUAGGCAAGCGCUCUACCACUGAGCUAAAUCCCCAACCCCAAAACAGAUUUCUUUAAAACCUGAAAUACUGUAGGUAAUAUAUGACAGCAAAACCAAUUCUAUUAAGGAGUUUUCAUUGUUAAGGAGGCAGAUUAGAUCUUAAGCAAACAGCUGAAGAGAGAGAAGUCUCUGGCUUAGCAUGUGAUAAGUGUGUAUAAGGGAAAUCUCUGACUUAGCAUGUGAUAAGUGUGUAUAAGGGAAAUCUCUGACUUAGCAUGUGGUAAGUGUGUUUAAGGGAAGUCUCUGACUUAGCAUGUUGAUAAGUGUGUAUAAGGGAAGUCUCUGACUUAGCAUGUGAUAAGUGUGUAUAAGAGAAGUCUCUGACUUAGCAUGUGAUAAGUGUGUAUAAGGGAAGUCUCUGACUUAGCAUGUUGAUAAGUGUGUAUAAGGGAAGUCUCUGACUUAGCAUGUUGAUAAGUGUGUUUAAGGGAAGUCUCUGACUUAGCAUGUUGAUAAGUGUGUAUAAGGGAAAUCUCUGGCUUAGCAUGUGAUAAGUGUGUUUAAGGGAAGUCUCUGACUUAGUAUGUGAUAAGUGUGUUUAAGGGAAGUCUCUGACUUAGCAUGUUGAUAAGUGUGUAUAAGGGAAGUCUCUGGCUUAGCAUGUGAUAAGUGUGUUUAAGGGAAGUCUCUGACUUAGCAUGUGAUAAGUGUGUUUAAGGGAAGUCUCUGACUUAGCAUGUGAUAAGUGUGUUUAAGGGAAGUCUCUGACUUAGUAUGUGAUAAGUGUGUAUAAGGGAAAUCUCUGACUUAGCAUGUGGUAAGUGUGUUUAAGGGAAGUCUCUGACUUAGCAUGUGAUAAGUGUGUUUAAGGGAAGUCUCUGACUUAGCAUGUUGAUAAGUGUGUUUAAGGGAAGUCUCUGACUUAGCAUGUUGAUAAGUGUGUUUAAGGGAAAUCUCUGACUUAGCAUGUUGAUAAGUGUGUAUAAGGGAAAUCUCUGGCUUAGCAUGUGAUAAGUGUGUUUAAGGGAAGUCUCUGACUUAGCAUGUGAUAAGUGUGUUUAAGGGAAGUCUCUGACUUAGCAUGUGAUAAGUGUGUUUAAGGGAAGUCUCUGACUUAGCAUGUGAUAAGUGUGUUUAAGGGAAAUCUCUGACUUAGCAUGUGAUAAGUGUGUUUAAGGGAAGUCUCUGACUUAGCAUGUGAUAAGUGUGUUUAAGGGAAGUCUCUGACUUAGCAUGUUGAUAAGUGUGUAUAAGGGAAGUCUCUGGCUUAGCAUGUGAUAAGUGUGUAUAAGGGAAGUCUCUGACUUAGCAUGUGAUAAGUGUGUUUAAGGGAAGUCUCUGACUUAGCAUGUUGAUAAGUGUGUUUAAGGGAAGUCUCUGACUUAGCAUGUGGUAAGUGUGUUUAAGGGAAGUCUCUGACUUAGCAUGUGAUAAGUGUGUAUAAGGGAAGUCUCUGACUUAGCAUGUGAUAAGUGUGUUUAAGGGAAGUCUCUGACUUAGCAUGUGAUAUGUGUGUUUAAGGGAAGUCUCUGACUUAGCAUGUGAUAAGUGUGUUUAAGGGAAGUCUCUGACUUAGCAUGUUGAUAAGUGUGUAUAAGGGAAGUCUCUGACUUAGCAUGUGAUAUGUGUGUUUAAGGGAAGUCUCUGACUUAGCAUGUGAUAUGUGUGUUUAAGGGAAGUCUCUGACUUAGCAUGUGAUAAGUGUGUAUAAGGGAAGUCUCUGACUUAGCAUGUGAUAAGUGUGUUUAAGGGAAGUCUCUGACUUAGCAUGUGAUAAGUGUGUUUAAGGGAAGUCUCUGACUUAGCAUGUGAUAUGUGUGUUUAAGGGAAGUCUCUGACUUAGCAUGUGAUAUGUGUGUUUAAGGGAAGUCUCUGACUUAGCAUGUGAUAAGUGUGUAUAAGGGAAGUCUCUGACUUAGCAUGUGAUAAGUGUGUAUAAGGGAAAUCUCUGACUUAGCAUGUUGAUAAGUGUGUUUAAGGGAAGUCUCUGACUUAGCAUGUGGUAAGUGUGUUUAAGGGAAGUCUCUGACUUAGCAUGUUGAUAAGUGUGUAUAAGGGAAGUCUCUGACUUAGCAUGUUGAUAAGUGUGUAUAAGGGAAGUCUCUGACUUAGCAUGUGAUAAGUGUGUAUAAGGGAAGUCUCUGACUUAGCAUGUUGAUAAGUGUGUAUAAGGGAAGUCUCUGACUUAGCAUGUUGAUAAGUGUGUAUAAGGGAAGUCUCUGACUUAGCAUGUGAUAUGUGUGUUUAAGGGAAGUCUCUGACUUAGCAUGUGAUAAGUGUGUAUAAGGGAAGUCUCUGACUUAGCAUGUGAUAAGUGUGUAUAAGGGAAAUCUCUGACUUAGCAUGUUGAUAAGUGUGUUUAAGGGAAGUCUCUGACUUAGCAUGUGGUAAGUGUGUUUAAGGGAAGUCUCUGACUUAGCAUGUUGAUAAGUGUGUAUAAGGGAAGUCUCUGACUUAGCAUGUUGAUAAGUGUGUAUAAGGGAAGUCUCUGGCUUAGCAUGUGAUAAGUGUGUAUAAGGGAAGUCUCUGACUUAGCAUGUGAUAUGUGUGUUUAAGGGAAGUCUCUGACUUAGCAUGUUAAUAAGUGUGUAUAAGGGAAGUCUCUGACUUAGCAUGUAUGUGAUAAGUGUGUAUAAGAGAAGUUUGGGAUUUGUUGAGAGGGCUGGGAGGAUCUCUCCAAACAACCUUUUUUAUGAAAUCUACAUCAAGACUAAAGAAGAUAGGAGGAAGUGAGGUGGGGAGAGGAGGAGAGGUACAGGAGGAGGAGGAGGAAGAGGAGGAAGAGGGGGAAGAGGGGGAAGAAGAGGAGGAGGAGGGGGAUGAGGAGGAGGAGGAGGAGGAACCUGUAUAGAGACCAUAAGGAGAAAAGGGACUUUGCGUGUCCCAGACUGAGAGAAACUGAAGUGUGCAGUGUGGAUGGGAAGUCCAAAGUGAGGGCAGAUCUGCAGUAGCUCAUGUUCCAGACUUUGGGUGUUGUUUCACACAGCAGGGGACAUAUAUGAGGAUACUCACUAGGUGGGAUUCUUCAGAGGUAGUUGGCAGAUGACUUGAGUAGAUACCUCUCUAGAAAGAGGCCUAUAAAUAACCAGUAAUACAUGGGGGAGGACCAACUCCAUCAGGCAUUAGAAAAAUGCUAACAGAAACCUCAAUGAAAAACUCUUGACAGCCAAUAGGAUGGCUGUGACCAAAGCAUGCAAAGGAAAAAAACCAGAAAACCAGGAAGCGCCAAGCAAGCGUUGGCAGGGUGAAGACAAACCCUGGUGUACUGCCAGCAGGAGGAGAACAUGGCUACAGUUGCUGCUACAGCAGUUCUGCACGUCUCCAAGGUGCCAGUGGACAUAGCAUGUUCCAGCAGUCCCACUGCUCGGAGUAUUCCAGAACGGGCUGAAAGCAGAGACGCAGACAGAUGCUUCUGUGUGUUAGUGUGCACAUAGCCAAAGGAGGAGCUGUGUAUCAACAGAUGUGCACACAAACGAACCACGGGUUCUGUAUACAGUGGGCGUCACUGUACCUUAGAAACGGAACCCUGACCCUCGCUCUGCAGAUGAACUUUGAAAACUCCGUGGAGUAAGUAACACAGGAGAGAAUGGGUAUCUUACAGUUUUGUUGACAAAUUCCUGGAGGUUGAAAGUCUGGUAGAGGUCAGUCAGAGGCUGGAGCGGGGGCGUUAGGAUUUGUUAUUUAUGGGUAGAGAUGUCCUGCUGGGAAUGCCACAGAAGUUUUAGAAUGGAGAGUGGUAGCGAUGAGUGAACAUGAAUUACACACUUGGAGCAGUUAAAUGGCUAAAGCAAAAAGCCUCCACGUGUGGAGUUAGAAGUGAGUUCUCCAGACCCAAGGGAAUUUUGGGUAGAAGUUUGGGAUGCUUGCUGCUCCCAGGUUGCUGUUAUGGAAGUGAGCAGGGCUGUCCGGAGCCAGUUGUCCGCUGUCUGCUCUCAUGGCCACAGUACGUUGCUUGUCCUCAGGUGGCUCUCGGUAGGCAGCUUUCUUCUCUACUUCAGCCCUGUUGAUGUUGUGGCGGGAGGAAGGAAGCCUAGUGGGAGGGAACAUCAAGCCUCUGGUUCCAUGUUGUCUACACUCUCUUUUCCUUGUGUACCACAUCUAACCCAUAGCAAAUUUUGUUGGCCCCACCUCCACCGUGUUGGAACACCUUGUCAAUGCCCACUGCUGCUUCUCUGGUCCAGGCCACUCUCCCUCAGAUUACUGUAGUGGUCUCAUACCUGUCUUCCUGCUUCUAAUCUCACACCUCUGUUGUCUCUUUUGACUUCUGGAAUCAUCUCUCUCUCUCUCUCUCUGUUCUAAAUAAAUUUAGUUUGUUGUUGUCAAAAUAUAAUUCAUACACUAUAACAUUUAACCUUUAGUGCUGUGCAAUUCAGUGGCUUUAAGUAUUUUCAAGGAUUUUGCAACCACUGCCACCACCAUCUAAGCUGGAAGGUGUUUCUUUUAAAACACAAGUCAGGGGCUGCUUAAAAACAUCCUGCUGUGCUCUGUUUCGUUGGAGGUAGAAGCCAGAUUCCUUGACUAUGAGGCCCUGAAGGAUCUGACCCCCUUGUCUCUCGGGCUUUAUCACCUACAACUCUUGUCUCCCCCCAACCCCCUUACUUCAGCCACACUGGCUGCUGUUCCGACCACCUGGCCUUUCCAGCUCUGUCUGUCGUUUGCUGUCUGCUUCACUUUCCCAGUCCCUUCUCAGUGUGCCUUGUCAUGACCUCCUUGUUGAUAUGUAUAGUAAAGCCAACCACACAAGCAGUCAUAAUACAUACAUACAUACAUACAUACAUACAUACAUACAUACAUACAUAUAUAUCUUUUAGUUUUUACAAGCUGAUCUAUUAUAUAACGUGCUUUAUUAUUUAUCCUGUCUUAUUAGAGUUGAACUACUUCAAAAAAAUUGGGGGGCUAUUUGAGCCUAGCACCUUGACCAAGGGCAAUCUCGGAGCUGUUGAAUGAAUAAUGAAUUGUCAUUCUACACUUCAGUCUGCAAACGAGCUGGCUAGCCUCUAAGAAAUAAUUGAACUUGUAGGAAAUGCGAGAGCUGGCGUGAGUGCUCCGGGUUGACAGAGCUACAGGAACCCACUGUAAGCGGUGUUAGGUUAUCACUUUGCUUAUUUGACUCAUAUUUACCAUUUACUCUGAGAACUCAAUCACUAGCAAUACACAACUAAGUGGUGUCUGUUGUCAUAGAGUUUCCUCUGUAGAGGGUGACAUGCCACAGGUAAGCAGGAAAGAGGAGCCGAAGAGCAAUGAAAAGCAUUAGCCAAGGCGCUAGAAAGUGAGGGUGAUAGUCAGGAGAGGCCUGCAUUAGAGUCUGGUUAGGGAAGCCCUUUAUGGAGGUUUCUAGUUAAGCUGACACCUGCAUGACAGGGAAGAGUCAGCCAUUUGGAUCUUGUCUUAGUUUCUUUUCCUCUUGCUGUGAUAAAAUAACCCUGACAAGAGCAGCCUGAGGAAAGGAUUUAUUUUAACUCCGUCUAAGUACCGUUUGUCAGGGCAGGGAAGUCUGAGACAGGUGCUUGAACACAGUGACACCUUCUGUCCUCAGGUCUCCGGGAGCAGAUGAUGGGCAUGACAUGCUAGCUCUUGCCUCCUCCUCUCCUGAUGCAGCCCAGGCUCCCCUGCCCACAGUAAGGCUCCCCACAUCAGUUAGCACAAUUAGGUCAUCACCCUUGGGCUUUCCACAGGACCUGUCUCCCUGAUUCUAGAUUCCAGAUUCUGUCACAUUGGUGUCACAGAUGGGAAGCCUGCCAUGCUUGGGAGGAAGGCGGGGAGAUAGAAGGCCAGUGAGCGCAGAGGGAGCACAGACAGGGAGCUGGGGCCUGGAAGGAUGGCUCAGCCACUGAGAGUGCUCGCUGAGGAAUUGUGGGAUCUCUCCUGAGAAAUCCUACUACCCACAGAACAAGCCACAUGUUCCACAGAUGUCCAUAACCCCUGCUCUGAAGGAUGUCAUGACCUCUUACACAUGAACGUGUACAUAUGUGUUUUCUCUGUCUCUGUAUGUCUGUCUGUGUGUCUAUCUAUCAGUGUGUCUGUGUGUCUGUGUCUGUCUCUCUCACCCCUCCCCCCAUUCUUGAAAAAGAAUUUAGACAUUGAAGUCAUUGGGAUGUCAUUAGUGGGAGAACCAGGAAUAUGUGCAAUCUGAUCUGAUUAAAAUAGAAACUUGCACUAGAAGGAGGCUCAGAGACUCAUCUGCUUUGGCCAGCAUAAAAUUAUGGAUCAGACUCAUUUGAAGAAAAUACUGUUGGGACUGUAUAGAUGAUUGCCAAUUUAAUUUGGGCCUAAAUAUUGAGGGACAUUUAGGACAGUAGUCAACAAGACAGAGCAGAGUGAGGGUACAGAAGCCCCUGAACUCUCUAGGUGGGUGCAGUUUCACACCCAUGCUACCAGCCCUUGCUAAUUGUCCAAGGGAAGUCAAGAAUCCAAUAUUUUGUUAAACUCAGUUGAGGUCUCAGCAACCAGCUGAAGCAGCAUUUAAAGACGCUGUGGGCCAAAUGGAGACACUUGGAUGUGUGGUCAGGUCUGAAAGCAGAGAACACUGGGAAGUGUCUGGAGUAGGACAGCAAUGGUAGAGGAGACAGGAUUAGGGUGCACUGUAAGGAGGGAACACAAAUGUGACAGAUGAGUGUCACAGAGAAAUUGGGAAGGACAUGCGUGUCUUACCUUGAUGCUGAUUUCCCGGCCUGAAACCUUGUACUAGGUAACAUUUACAGAGACAGCCAUUUGGAGGAAAGACGUGUAUAUGUUGGAGCGUCGGAAGUUUACGAUGCUUGUGACCGUGCGCAUGGGAAUUUCCAGAGAGACUGGGACACUAGCAAGGACCUGGAUGGGAAGCUAUGGGUGCCUGAGAUCCGCUACUGAGAGCGAAGGCCGUAUAUGUGUCCAGCCUCAGUGCUGGCCUCAAGUCUAGAUACUCCUCCCUGGCUCUUCUCUCCCGCCCUGGAGGAAGUGGCUGCUUUAGAAACCACAGGGCUUUGGCAAGCACUCGAUGGAUAUUUUGAGGGAUGGUCAGGCCCAGGAUGGAAAUUUUCCUGUUGACUUUGGUGUCCACGUUCCAGUUUCAGAAUUCCCUCCUGUUGGGAAGGCUUUCUCUUCUUGCUUUUCUCUUUUCUCUCAUCCCCUCAGAUAUUUACAUACACUUUGUAUGGAGAAGACCAUUGCAUGAAAAUAGGUUUUAUAAUUGUGAAACCAGAGUCAUCCAAAAAGCGUUUGGUCUGUUUUCAGUAGUAGCGUUUGUUUAUAUGUCCUGUUUGAUACUCGUUCUUACAAGUUUUCCUGCCUUUUUCUAUGGCGGCAUGCAAGGGACCCAGACAUAGAAUUAGAAUAAAUAUGACUAAUAUGCAUUUCACCGUAUGAAUCCUCGCUACAGUGACAGCAGAGACAUUGUCAUUAAUUCCUGUUUACCAUUCCCCUUUUGUCUGACAUUGGGAGAGCUUUUGUGUUUCCUUGCCUUGCGGUCCCUCUGCUCUAGCUGUGAAUGUGCGUGAAAGAGAAGGCCUUGCUCGGUGUAGUCCGUGGGAAGGUGACGCAGUGUUAGUGGCUGGCUGUACAGAGCUCUACAGGAGACGCCAUAGCUCUGCUUGCUUUCGAGUUAAAUUCAGAGGAGCGCCUUUUCUCUCUCAUUUAUACUUAAGCCUUCAGGGAUCUUUAACACUCGCUUCCAGGGAGGCCUCGCCGAUGCUCUCCCGCUAGUUAGCUCAAGGCUUUGGUGUCCAUAGAUAGCAGGGUUUUCUGGAGAUGGACUUUUCGUUUUCUAAGUCUUUACAAAGUUAGCCUUCUGGUUGAACUUCAGGUGUAAGGCACACUGCUUUUGUUUAGCGUUUUAAAAAGAACAAAAGAAAAUCUGAGCAGAGCCAGUCUUUGCUUCUUGUAGAGUUUUGUAUGUGCUUUUAUAUCACGAGUGCCCAGAGGUGUCUUAAGACGGCCAUGUUUCUGUAAGUCUUAAAUAAAAAAUAAAUGCUUUAUAGUUUGGGAUUUGCGAGUACGUAACACACUGUACAUCUGUGAAUCUGCUGUAACACAAUAAAGUUUAUUGUAGCAUAAACCUAUUUAUAAAGAGCACGGCUCAUGGAUUACUAGCCUAAUCCAUAAAAUGGGCCCUGCUGUGGAGUAUUUCUUGGUACCUUAUUGAACCUCCCGUGUGGUAUUCCCACACAACUCUUUCUGAAGCAUCGGCGGUUACCGGGGACUGAAAAAAGUCCAAAAAUGAGACUUGGUCAGACGGUUGUUUGUCUCAAGAACAGUUUCACUGCUGCCCCUGUCACCGCCUGUGCCUCUGAGCAUGUGCUGAUUCCUGUUUCGUUUCAGUUUAGAGAGUGCAAAUGUUCAGGGCUCGUGUGUCCUCUUCAUUCCUGGGACUGGCGGAAAACCUUCGCUUUCUGCUUUGUCCUGCUUUUCUGAGGAAGACUUACCAGGGUCUCCCUGUUUGGCCUCAGACUUGCUGCAGUCUUGCUCUGGAGCCGGCAGGCCCCUGAGACUGCAGGAAUGCAAACCAUGCCCAUCUGGAAGCCCUUAACUUCCAACCAGAAAAGCCGGUCUACCAACGUCACUGUGAGAAACCUCUAAGACUGAUGAUGAUGCAGUCUCUCGGGGGCUUUCUAGAAAUGUGUUUCCCUGAGCUUGUGAACUCUAAGAGAAAAGAGUUUCCCUGCAGUGAGCUGAGCCUGAUCUGUGUGGAGCCCAACACAGGUUGUCCUACACCUCCUUCUUACUCCUUAGCGUCGGCACCCAACAUGAACGGAUCCCACUCCUGCCUUGAUCCCAUGCAUGCACAUCAUUUUCCUGUUUCUCUGAGAAAUCUCCAUGAGUAUUUAAAAAAAAAACCCCAUUUUACAAAGCUGACCAGAGGUAAUCCAUGAGUUGUGUUUGAUCACGUAUGACUGGCCAGCAUGCGUAAUCAGUGACUGGUGAUGGCGGUUUCAUUCUUGACAGAAUCGUGGUCUCCUGGUUUUGAAUACAAACUGUUCUAAAGAAUUCAGACAGCAGAGACUCAUAUGCUUUAUAUUCGGUCUCCCCAUUGUGGUCACUCGAGUUGGCUCUGAGUGCUUGGUGAGAGCUCAGUGCAUACCAGUCUGAAGACGGCAGCACUGGGUUGAGCCAAGUUAUAAGCAUGAAUAAAUACUAACUAGCGGUUGGCAGUUAAAUGUAGAACAAGUAAUUAAAAAUAGUAAAUAAAGGGCUGUCAACUUAGUAAAUUUAGAAAAAAACCUGCUCUAGAUAACAAUUUGCCAUCUCUCCAGGUGAUGAGGACAUUAGAAAGAGGUUCUGUGGCUAAUGCCUGUCACUCCUACAUUUUACUUGGAUUUAGAGGUAAAAUCAUUUAGAGUUACAGUGAAUAAUUGUAUCAUUUCUCCCACUUGCCUUUUUUCAUUAAUGUUGACAAUGUACAUGCUCCUCAGAAACCACUUAAUUUCCCCAAAGUAAUUAGUCGUUCUGUCCCUUGGGUUUGGCCCUUUGGAUUCAAGCUUACUUUACUGUAGAAAGCUGAUGACUUCCUUGAAAGUCAAGUGUGCAGGAAUAAAUCCUCACUCCAUUAGAAGAUAGUCCCUGUCCGAUGGCCUCCUCAGCCUCCUUCUGAACCUCUCACAUGCACGUUAGAUGUCGUCCGCAUCUGUGUAAUGAUGCCCAUGGAAUAAGCAGUUAUCCUGGGAGAUGCAGUGGCUUUGUUCAGAUUAGGUUGGUUCUUUCUUCCCUUCUGAGGCCGCCAUGUUUUCCUUCGUGACCCUAUGAACUGUAAGUGGUCAUGGCCUGGUUUUCCCGAGAUAUGACUGCCAUGGGUUCUUGGCACUUGCCCAGUGUGAGACCACGGCCUGGAAGUGCUAUCCAUCACUACCACUCACGUCGUAGUGCUGAGAACUUAGCUACUUAAUGUACACAGUGACCACAGAGGCUGGGGGAUGUCUAUAGUUUGGUAGUCGCAUAGCAGCUAGCGUCUGCUAAGGGGAAAGGAGGACAUGAAGAUCUCUUUCUCUGUUAUGCUGUGGUGUUUCCUUCAUGUAAGACCGAAUUCAGUGUCGGGUGUGUUGCCUGUGUGUGAGAGCCAGUGUGUGAAGUACUUCCCAACUCUACCCAACCCGCAUCUCUCAAAAAUGGAGGAAAGGCUGUCUACCUUGUGUUAGACCUUCUGAGUCAGCAGAAUAGUAAGACUGGCCAGGGCCCUGUGGAUAUUUACAGAUUCACCAGGAUCCUGGCCAGGGCCAUUUGAGGAGGAUGGUAAGAGGAUCCCCGCCUUAAGUAAGGGAGAGUACCGGGAGGCCUUUACAGGUCUCACUUGCACUGUUAGAAGCCUCGGUUUCACGAGUCACAUGGCUGUCUUUUAAGGAAUACAGAUUCCCGAGGGAAACAAUUUGUGAUUCUGGCUUUGUUUUGUAUUAGAAUGGUUGAACUGCUCAGGACCUGGUGCUGACGGUGUCAACGUGUGUGCUGCUUUCUACCUUGUUAUAAAAUGACAGUGCUGUGUCAGUUUUAAGGGAUGCUGGUCACCAAGGCUGAGUCACUUCUGACUGAGACUGACCAGCCGACCACAUCUAGCUGGCUGACUUCCCUUUGUUUGACACUGCCAGUCUGUUUCAGAGAUGGGAAGCAGGGAGGGAGGGAGAAGACAGACGAGAUAAGUAAACUGUUUGAUUCCAACAGAGGAGUCCCGCCCUCAGUGUGAGUUGUGAAAUAUUUAACCAGAAGGAAGAACCCACCUAGCAAGGUCCAGAACAUCGAGUGAUGGGGUCUGACAACAGGAAACUAUAGUAGUCUUGGCAGGCAAGUUUUCAGUAAAGUCUGGGAAGCUGAUUGGAGGUCCUGGGUUUGUGAAGUGCAGAUGCGAGUAGAUUUGUCUAGUUGUACGGGAGUGGAAGAAAAAAAUCCAGGAUGGCUGUCUUAGAGCCAAACUGAGAUUUAGAAAAGGAGGUAGACAAGGCUUCAGCACACACUGAGCCACACGUUAGCAUGGUGUAUACUUUUUUUUUUAAAGAUUUAUUUACAGUGUUCCGUCUGCAUGUAUGCCUGCAUGCCAGAAGAGGGCACCAGAGUUCAUUGUAGAUGGUUGUGAGCCACCAUGAGGUUGCUGCGGUUUGAACUCAAGACCUCUGGAAGAGCAGCCAGCUCUCUUAACCCUGCGCCAUCUCUCCAGCCCGUAUACUUUUAAGCCUUUGAUAACAGCGCAUAGUUUAAAAAAAAAAGUUGUGUUUAUUGGAGAAAACAGUAUAAAUUCGAACAAAACUGGAAGCCAGGUAUCGUGGUGCUUGCCUUUAAUCCCAGGACCUUUAAGGCAGAGGGAGGUGGACCUUUGUGACUUCCAGGCCAGGGAUACAUAAAGAGACCCUGAUUCAAACAACAACAACAACAAAACAAAACAAAAAGCAAAGCAAAAAACGAAAAUAUUAUCUUGAAUUCAGAGAUAACCAAACCUAAACAUUUUGUGUGUUUUCAUAUAAUUUUUUCUUGGAGAUACACGACAGUCCGUCCUCACACUCACUGCGUACCUGAGGAUGACCUUGGAUUUAGAAUCCUUCUUCCUCCCUGCCCUUGAGCUAACUUCCGUUGUACGCUGUGUGUUGCUGGGCUGGGCAUCAGCAUGGGUCUCAGCCUGGCAUGGUAGACAAGGGGUCUUCUAACCCAGCUGGAUCUCCAGCCUCUUGUGUAAUUUGUUGUUUUUAAAAAUCAGAUUUAAAAUGAUCUGAUAUAUGUAUAUACAUAUAUGUCUAUGCAUAUAUGUACACACACACACACACACACACACACACACACACACACACACACAGGUGGGGAGGCUGGGUGAGUUUUAUAAGAUUUUACCCAGAUGUUUGCUGGUUUAAGUCAGCUUUAUGCAGUGUUUCCACUGGUGCUCUUACUGAACAUUUCUGUCGUUUGUCUUUUAAGCAGUGCUUGAAAAUGGCAGUGGCCAUCAUUGUUUGCAACUUUUAUUGCCAUCUUGAGUGUAAAGCAGUCGGCACCGGCUACAGGAACCACCUGGAGCUCACUGGAGAGAAAGCUCGGCUGUGUAGUUGGUGGGGUGGCCGAGAGGCAGUAUAUAUUUACUGACAUUUUGAUGAAUUCUCCUAUUGCAUAGCCCAAACUUGGAAGACUCACUUUUGAUCGUUUUAUGUUAUUUUUUUGAGAGAAUUGCUUUGUCGAGUCUGCUUUUGACCUGGGACCCUCCAAGAGGGAAGGAGACCCCCUUUUUACUCGCUGGGUUGCUGUGCUGGAUGUCGAGUGGUGUUGCCACCCACAGAGCUGCCUUUUGGUUGAGUUACACUAAUUGAAUACAGUGCUCUUCAAAAGGCUGCCUAUCAGUCUUCAUCUCCUUUGCAGUGCUGCCAGGAGGAUGCCCCACGCUGAUUCUGUUAGCCCUUUUCAAUGGAGCCUCCUUCUUCUCAGUUUGUCCUACUCGUCUUAAGAACUAGAACGGUGCUCUUAUGGGUAGAGAACAGGUAUUUUCAGAUCUUAUGUCCUUGCUCACGACACAUGGUUAUAGGUGAUCAAAUGCUCCUUGACCAACUGGUGUCUUGUGUGGUUACUGAAGAUGCCUUUAGCUGUGAGAAAGAGAAAACUGACUCAAAGCUAAACAUAAUAAGGAAGUAGACGUAUUUAGGUAAAGACCCAGAGAUCGGCCUACUGCUUAGCUGGUUAAUUUGGUUAUAUGGUAAAGGACGUAGACUUCCUCUAUGCUUUGAUUUGCCGUAGUUAUGAUCUGAGCUUUGCUCUAAACAAUCUUGAUGUGAUCACAAGAUAACUGAUACACGGGCCCAGGAAUCGUGAGAAGAUCUUUCCCUUCAUUUCUCUGAAGAGCUAAGGAGCCUUUCCCAGAAGUCCUUGGGAGAUGGCUGUAGAUCACUGGCAAGAAUUAGUUGAAGUUACCGACCCUAUAACUAGUCCCCAGGAAAGAGCCAUAGCAGUUUUUAGCCUGUGCAGAGGGUGCACCCGAACCCCCUUUAUGGUGAGGACAUAAGUACUAUCAAGGCUUGCUAGGAAGAAAGACAGAAAGCUCUGUAGGCGACAGAUCAUAGCAUCUCUUGCAUUUUGUUUAUUUGUGUUUUAUAUGUUUGUGGUGCUGGGGCUCAAACCCAGGGCUAUAAGCACGCUAAGCAGACAUUGUACAGUGGGCUCGAGUCCAGCAUUAUUCCUUAAUGAAAAUCGCUAAUCUUGUUCUCUGAAGUUGGUAGUGGUGGCAUGUCUGCAGAGAUCCUGAAUGUAAUUCUCACAGCUUCCUGGACACAUUCUCUUUUGGUGACAUUUUAUAUAUUUAUUAACCCUCGUCCUUUUAGGUCUCUGGUACUCAGUCGUCUACCUUUCCUGAGGAUUUGCCUGUUACUCUGACUUGGUUUUGCAGUGUACAUUUUAAUGAUUUCUCGUUAAUUUCAAGUGGAAUGGAUUUCUCUAACCCCAGGCUCUAACCUGGGUUCUUGGAAAACAGCCUGAGGCAGAGAUUGAGAGCUCUUGAUGUUUUCUUUGAGAAGUCCGGGGCCAGGUUUGUAGGAGUUAGGGGCAAAAAGAAGCGAAGGCUGGGAGCUGUGGAGAUGCGAGUGUGUGGAGAUGCGAGUGUGUGGAGAAGCGAGUGUGUGGAGAUGCGAGUGUGUGGAGAUGCGAGUGUGUGGAGAUGCGAGUGUGUGGAGAUGCUAGUGUGUGGAGAUGCGGGUGUGUGGAGAUGCGAGAGUGUGGAGAUGCGAGUGUGUGGAGAUGCGAGAGUGUGGAGAUGCGAGUGUGUGGAGAUGCGAGUGUGUGGAGAUGCGAGAGUGUGGAGAUGCGAGUGUGUGGAGAUGCGAGUGUGUGGAGAUGCGAGUGUGUGGAGAUGCGAGUGUGUGGAGAUGCGAGUGUGUGGAGAUGCGAGUGUGUGGAGAUGCGAGUGUGUGGAGAUGCGAGUGUGUGGAGAUGCGAGUGUGUGGAGAUGCGAGUGUGUGGAGAUGCGAGUGUGUGGAGAUGCGAGUGUGCGGAGAUUCGAGUGUGCGGAGAUGCGAGUGUGCGGAGAUGCGAGUGUGCGAAGAUGCGAAUGUCUGGAGAUAUGAGUGUGCUGUUCUGAGCUCCGGCUUGCUUCACAUCCAGGGGUCAGGAGACCCAGCAAGUCACUGGGCAAGCAGGGGCCCUGGGCUUCCCAACUGUUUUGCUUGAAAAGGACUAUGGUGAAGAGAAGGGGGAGGAGGAAGAGGAGGAAGAGGCGGGGAGGAAGGGGAAGAAGAGGAGGAAGUGAACUAGAGCCGUCCUUGGGAAAAGAAGAAGAUUAAUCAUCUGCGUGAUUUCCUUCUUCCUCUUCUCCCUAGUUGGAGAGUUGCAGGGAGCAACCUCCUUUUGUGCUUCUAACUUUUUAGACUCUCUCUUAGGCUACUGAGGAUGCUAGAUUUUAUGUUCUUAGUGUGGGAAGCCAUACAAAUCCUAAGUAAUUUGGACAGGUAUCCAUUAAGCCAAGAGGAGAAGCAGGAAGUAAAACGGAAGGGGAAGCUGGAGGAGGAGACCGGAGAGAGGACUUUGGUUGGGCUUUUUCAGAGUACUUUGGUAUUUAGUUAACAAGUCAAUAUUAGAUUCUCAGAGCAAGCUCGCCUAGUGCUUUGAGACUCAGAGCUUUAUGGGGUGGGAGUAUUUGUCACCCUACCUGGCACGCAGGUUUACUUUGGUUUGGUCUGGGAAUCUCCUGUUGGAAGGAUUGGCAGCAUUCCAGCGCUCGCACAUCGUACUGCUUGUGGAUCUGGGUCAGCAUCGACUCCUUGAAGUCAUUCUGAAAUACGGCUGGGGCGGAGUACAGCGGCUCCGGGCACACUUAGGUUGUCCUUUCUCUCCAGGGUUAUCACGAUUGAUGGAUUCUUUGGAAUGCUAGACACUUGGAAGUCCCUUGAGUAUUAGCUUUGAAUUCCAAGAGUUCUUACAAGGCCAACUUCGUUUCAAAGAGAGCAGUUUUUGCUUUUUAUUCAGUGUGCAAUGAAAAAUUGUGCUGAUUUGAUGGCAGACAAGGACUGAUCUGACAGGAUGGGGGAGAGAGUGUCCUAGUGGCUCUGCUCUCUGCUGCUUCAUGUAUGACUUCUGUCUUCUUUCCUUACAUGUGUCUUUGUUUUCCCACUAAUGUUCUUUAUCAGGUCACUAUGGCUGCUUAACAGACACACAGAGUGAUGGCACUUGGUUUGUGGGGGAGAUUAAAGGAUGGGCUUGUCAGAGAUGAGUGUCAACUGGCAGCGUGGAGCAGGCCUGAGGGGACGUCCAGCUUCUGGGUCAGAAGAGGACCUGAGGCAGCACCUGGACACUCCCCGCAUGGCCACAGCUGAAUGCUUUUGUCUGGCUCUGACCUGCGCACUGGACAGCACUGCUAUGGGCUAGGUGGCUCUUGGAUCUGCUGAGGAGGUGUGGGAGUUCUUUGCUAGGCCCUAGUUUGAGCUACUCAGAUUUUUAACAUAUUCUGAAGGGGCUUGUGUCCCUCCUUCUAACCUAGAGAGUCACCUCAAGUCUGCUGGUUUCUAAAUGCAUGACCUGCUUUUUGAAAUUUUUUUAUUUUAAUUUUGUGGAGUGUGUGAGUGUUGUUUUAUUUAAGUAACAGUAAUGCGUGGAAAUGAAGGUCCCUUCAUUUUUUUUCCUCUAUCAGCCUAGGACACCUUCCCCUUUUCCUUGCCUUGGGCUCUUUAAGAUUUUACUUGCACGGCAGAUUCAAGGGAAGACUUUUUUCAUUCUUUUCGAAGCUCUGCUUAUGAGCUAGAAUCAUAAAAAUUCACAAAUUGUGCCAAAUUUUCUUUUGUUGAUGACUGUGAUUUAGCCUGUUAUGUAACUGAAAUGUAUAAUUUACACAUCCUGAAGAUGAGCCGUCCCUGUACUGAGCAACUAUAUUUAACCCUCACUUUCUUUGGAGAAAGAGAACAUUACCAAUUAUCUUUGAAACUGUAUUGUGAGACCGUGCACUGAUCCACCCUCUGCUUCCAUUUUUCAUUUUUGGUAUAUCAAGUUGUACUUUCCGAUUUAGUCUGUGCUUCUCAUACGUCUGCAACCCCGAGGUGAGGGGGCCUGGUGUCUGAUGCCCGUGCCUCGAGCCCUCUAUUGCUUGUCCUGUCCAAACCAGCAUGAGGUGAAAGGUCUGCCACCUCAGUGGAACGCAAAUACUCUCUCCCAUGCGGAUGCCUUCCGUGGUGAAGGAAGUGACGGGAGAAGGCGUUGAGGGGAACGGUUUUUAAUGGUGCACAGUUUUGUGCUCAGUAGGAAGCGAGGGACUCUGCCCUUGUCUGCAGCAUGCCAUUCCUCUGCUUUGUAGACUUUCUGAGGAAGAAAAUUGUUCAUGCUCGUGUCCUUGUAUCUUGAGCUUUAAAGUCUAGUCCAGGCCUAAGUUCAAAUCCCAUAGUGGUGCCCUUUAAACACAUUUGUUAAUUUCCUCCUCAGCGUCCGCUUCUUCUGUGGGAGAGGGGCCUUGACUGUUCCCCUUAGGAAGGAAAGCCUUGAAGAAGAAAGAGUGAGAGCACAUCAGCUCCUUAAGAGUAGGUGGGAGGAGCUGCAGAUCUGACGGAUUAGUAGUUCAUAUAUAAAGUCUGAGGAAUAGGAGCAAACUGUAGAUGAAGCCAUCUUCAGUCACUACUGGAAUCAUCUGUAAACAGGGAAAUUAUCUUUUUUUUUUUUUUUUGGCACAGCUGGACUAAAUGUAUAUCCCAAAUGCUUUAAAUUACAUCCACAUAUGUAAGGCUACUAAAAUUAUAAGAAAAAUGGAAAUAAAGUGUAAAAGCGUCCUCAUCUACAUUUACCAUGGUAUUGGUCUGAGAGGAUACAGAGUGGAAGGCCACCCUGAGGUCACUACAGAAAUUCCUUUUGUGUUAGAGGCCCGUAACCGCUCGUGGCGGUUCCCUUUGGCUCUCGGCUGGAUGAAGUAACCCUUUUAAGGUGGGUGGGGAAGUCAGCGGAGAAGCCUCUCUCCAGGCCCUCCCUUUGACCCUUUCAAAGCCCCUUUUAAGUUCCGCCCACUGAAAGCACAUCACCAGGCCCUCCUCUUUUGUCAGGAAAGGCCAGCAUCCCUUUCCUCUCCCUGCUCUAACCUUUAAUGAGCGCUUGCCUCUGUGGAGAGUGAGGGACUCCAGGACAUGUAAGCAUUUUAAUAGGCCUGAGUGACAUUCUACAGAUGUGUUUGGAAGGCAUGAGAGGGGGCAGGCUUUGUUCAUGUCUCAUUCUCAUCUAAAUUAUAGAUUCUAUUCAUGUCUUAUUCCUACAAGGUGCUUAAUUUUGGCACCAUAUUCUCUUUGAAGAUUCUUGAGGAAAUAAGAAGAAAAAAAUACCAAUUCACAAUUCUAUUUAUUGGAAAUGAAUGAAUACAGGUGGAAUUGGUACAUUUUAUAAAGACACAACUAAAAGAAGAAUAGCGGUAUCUUAGGAAUACCCGCAGUACCAGCAUAGCUAUAGGCCAGGGCAGUUUACAAAGCGCUUUGCUCACAUCCCAUUGGCAUUCAGCGUAGCCCUCUGUGGCAGGAGGUGGGUUGGCCAGACUCCUCUGGCUUCCUUAGCUCUGAGAUCUCUGGGUCUGAGUCCCACGUCGGCUCCUUUAACUGGCAUUCCUGCAGCAUCGUGUUAUUACACGGGUUGGAUAGUCAGAGCGUCUGCUACUGGUGGCAGCUGUUCCUCAUGUCUAAUCUUUUCCUCCUCUGCACCUCUCAUUGCUGUCACUUUUCAGUCUGAAAACUGGAGCAUAUGUAGCCAUCUUUAUUUACUUUUGUUCUGUGCUAGCAUUUGCCUUCCAUUAAAUGAGGUUGUCCUUUAGGAGACAGCUGGCGGUUUGUUUCCCCAGUCAAGCUCAGACUCAUCUAUUGGUUCAGAACCUGGGCUAUGUUAGGGAGGCUGCAAAAAUAAAAACAACCAUUGGUGUGAGCACCGUUGGUGCUAGAGCGGCAGACAACCCAUCCUCAAAAAGGGCUGGCCCUUUGUUCGUAGUCAGUGGCUCUGAUACUUUUCUCCUGGGGGUUUCCUAGCCAACCGUAGAUAGUGCGAGCUUGUAUCUGUGAAGGGGUGUGCGCCUACUGGUGUGCCCGUACGUUCAUCUCCUGCUCUCCCCACCAGGGAACCAGUCUUCAGGCCCGCUCUUACAAACAGCACUCCUAACUUGAUUUCAAUGUCAGCUCAAGGAAAUGUUCUUCUCCUCCUGUAUGGGGUUAUUGAAAGCAUCGUUAUGUGCUUUUGUGCUUUUAUUAAAUGAAUUUAAGGAAAAAAAUUAAACACCAAGUCAGCCUAAGGGUUCCUUGAGUUCUUACGGUCAAGCAUUAAGUUAAGCAUUUUUGAUAAAUUUUUUGAGAUUUUUUUAUUUUUUACACAAUGUAUUCUGAUCAUGCUUUCCCCUUCCCCAACUCUUUCCAGAUCCUCUCCAACUGCCCAACUCUAUACUCUUUUUAAAAAAAACAUAAAACCACACAUGUACCACCCUCCCCCAAAAAACCCCCACAGAAAUGGUAAUAAGCUCCCCCCCCCAAAAAAAAAGCCUAAACAAAGCAAUAGGAGACAAAUGCCUAGAAAAAUACCCAUGAGUUCACUCACACUGGCUGUGUAUCUACUCCUGGGCUUGUGGCCUGCCCUCUGGUGUAGUUACCAUACCCAGUGAGACUCUGUCGGAGAAAACGGUUUUCCUUUGCAAGCAGACAUCAGUUGCAGAUAGCUUUCUUAGGGGUGGGAGGCUUCGUCUACUUCCUCCUCUCAGCAGCCCCCUUCCGGGGCGGAGCAUCUGUCUGGCUUGAACCUGUGCAGGCCCUGUGCAAGUUUCCACAGUUUCUGCGUUCUUGUGUCUGGAGGAUGCUGUUUCCUUGGAUUCAUCCAUCAUGUCCGGGUCUUCGUCUUUUUCUCUCCCCUUCUGCCUGGGCCCUGGGCCCUGAGUGCCCUGGGUUUGAUGAAGAUGCUCCGUGUAGGGCUGAGCGCUCCAAAGGCACUCCUGGCCCAUCUUACGUAGAGUGCAUGGCUCAGCCCAAGUAAGAAGCGCUUCACCCGUGAAUGGCUUUCCACACGGUUUCCGUCCAUACAUUGUUAUGCAUCUUUUGGGAAAGUUUAGAGCAUAAAACUGUCAGCAUCUUCAUCUGACCUUCCAUGGACCUGUUCAGCCUCGGCGUCAGGCACGGCAGUGCUUAGGACUCCGCCACUGGAGCAGUGAACUGGGGGUGCACAUGGUUUCUGGGAAUUUGGAUUCAUUUUUAAAAGCUUCACUUUAGAGUUAGAGUUAAUUCUUAAACAUGAAAAUAUCUUUUGGAACUUUAUUAAACUAUUGAUGAUUGCCUGUAGCAGAAUUUCUUGUGAUUGAAAGUCUGUGUGUGUGCGCAUGUGUGUGUAUAUGCCUGUGUGUGUGCACAGACAAUAGCUUGCUUGGCACUAACACAGUCCUCUGCUGUGGAAGGUGGUGAAGUCUUUUCAGUAUGUUACUUUAUAAAGGAAGUCAGUCCACUUCAGCAAACACCGAUUUCUUGGCAGUGACAAUACAGAAAGAGUCCACAGUUUACUGGAAGAACAAGUCCUACAUGGGUCAUCUUGAUAGUGACACCAUAUGGUGUUUGACACGCACACAUUCACACAUACUCUGCAAGCACACAGGAGGUGCAAACCAUUGGGCUCCUCCCUUGGGAAACUCAGUUCUAGUUCACGAUUGCCCUUCUGACCAAACUCCAAGUCCCUACUCUGAGCUUUGAUGAGGGCCCCAGAGUCUUUCAGUUCCCAUUUCUACUUCUGCACGUUUGGAAGUCAUCCUAGGAUGUCACCUCAGGAUGUUGGGAAUGCUGUUUCUGCCCUCCGUCCAACUAGAUGGAUCUUCACUGUGAUCUUCCACACGGCGCUCUCAUAUUCCCGAGACUAAAGCCCUGACUCUGACUUCCCUCUUCCACUUUGAAUGGAUAUUCAGUAAUUAUGACAGCUGAAAGAUAGAAGCAAUGCUCGUGAUGUUUAUAGAACACUAUGGGAGCCUAUCACAGAGGAGGAAGUGAUUAAUUGGUUUGGGGGAAUUCAGAAAUGGUUUGUAAAGAAGUUAGCAUUUAUCUGAGGUCUUGAGGGAUAUGUAGGAGUUUUCCGGCUGGCAUGUUUCCUCCUUUGGCUGAGGAGGCCAUCUGUGAUGGAUGAGGGUGCGUCAGCAUGGCAGAGGCCAGGCCUGUGCAGAAGAGGAGAGCCUGGGAUGCGCUGGCCGGUAGUGGGGAAGGGUGAUGUCAAGAAGAACGCAGUGUGUUGAGGGAGGCGUGCUGGACCGUGGGCUGCACAUACCGAUUGGGAGACAGGACCAGUAGCAGGAUUUACACACCUCUCAGAAAUGUAGAAGUCCAGUUCCUGCCGCUUGUCUAAUGUACGGUAGACCAGCUCGCACGACACAGGUGGGUUAGGCAUGUGACAAAUGUUUUUGUGAGGAAACGUGAAGCUCAGGGUAGCUGCCUCUUUGAUUAGAGUAAGGAAAUGCAGCUGCUUUAAUAACCAUACUGAUUCAUCACUUACCCGGUGUUCAGUCAGCAGCCACAUCCUAAGUCACUGCAUUCGUGGCGACAGCAAAGCACAAAGAUCUUUCUUUGUGUGCUGCCACGCCCCCAAGUCAGUAUCUUAUCAGCUCUUCUCUUAAGAAGUAUUAAUUCUGUGCAAUUUUAUUGUGUUUUAUGCAAACUUAGUGCUAAAGCUCUGUGAAUUCUUGCUCCCUCUGGAUGGUUCAGAACCACUUUAGCCAUUAUUUCAGUUCUAGAGUGACCGGCAUAGUCCUGUAGUGUCAGUGACAGCAUUCUCAGCCUCCAUAGGUAAGAAAGGGAACUGGAGCAGGGCUUGCCGUAGCUCAUUGGUAGAGCAUGUGCUUAGUGUGUGCAGUCUCUGAGUUCACGGCCAGGGAAGGAAGAUGGGAGAAGGAACCAGAAGUGGUGGUUACAGCAUACCAAACAGACAAGGUGGCAUCAGGGCUAGACGCUUAAAGUCGGCCAGGGCAGGGGCCGUUAAGAACACUGGAAGUAGCGCAAGGCCCUGGGUUCGGUCCCCAGCUCCGAAAAAAAGAACCAAAAAAAAAAAAAAAAAAAAAAGAACACUGGAAGUAGACGGUAGCCCCUCAUGAAGCAGCACAGAGAAUCAGAUUCCUGGGCUGUGUUGGCUUUGCAAUGACGUCAUUUGGCUGUUCUCCAGCUGGAUGCGUUUGUGUGUGCACUGAGAGAUGUUCUGGUUUGACCCCAAACACUUGAGGUCAUCCAGGGCUGCAGUUGCCGGACAGGCAUAAUGGAGGAGGUGUGUCCGGGGAGACGGACGUGAGAGUGUUCUACAUAGGAGUUACUGGACAUGGACAUCAGAUCUGAGUUGAACAUAUCAGGGAAGUGGGGACAAAAGAGUGGCAGGGUGAGUGGGAUCCAUUUGAGGAAAGAAGUCCCACAAAGGAAAGGGGUGACCAAUGUGGAUGAAUGGGAAAGAGAAUUGGACCAUGGGAUUUUGGAAGUCAGAAUAUUGGCAGGUCUGUGAUUUCUCUAGAUCAGACUAAGGAAAGUUGUGUGUGGAUUUGGUUCUCUAAAGUCUAAUAGGAGAAAGGGUUCCUGGAAAUGAAGGUGUCAAGGACUUGAGUGAUGGCCAGAUUUUACUUGCACAUGCACAAUGUAACUGGCACAGU